GACGACUGACUGAGUUGAUGCUCAAUUGCCCUCUGAUAGGUUCAUAUUUUAUUGGUGCUGUGUGCUGCUGUUGCCUGCUGCGUAUUUGGAAAAGAUCACAAGCCGGAAAUUCUUGAAGUAGUGUCUUUUAAUCUUCCUUGCUGCGGAUCGUGAUUACAAUCUGCGUUAAGGUACAGAAUACAGCUAGUGUGCAUAGAAUCACGAUGAAACUGGUAAAAUGCAGCUUGCUACUAAUGGCCGGAUUGGCCUUGUGCAGUGCUCAAAAUGAUCCCCCAAAUCCUCCCGAUAGUUCCACAACAACGAUUGAACCUACUACAGAAAAACCAACAACAAGUACUACAACGACUACUACUAGUACAUCAACUACUACGAGUACAACAACGGCACCACCGCACACAACUACAACGCCGGUACCAACAACUACUGCUGCACCUACAACAACUAGCACUGCUGCGCCACCGGCACCCACUCCCGCGCCCGGACCUGUGCCGGCACCCGAAGUAGGCACCUGGACAUACACCAACGCUACCACCAAUAAGACCUGUGUGUUGACCCAAAUGGCUCUCCAGCUCAACGUUAGCUAUCUAGAUAACGCCAACAAGCCAACUCAUGCUCUGUAUGACGUCCCGAAGGAUGCUCGCGUUGUCAACGGUUCUUGUGGCAGUGAUUCCCAAUACAUUGUCCUUUCCUGGGGCCCACCAUCGAUACAGCAGAAUUCUCUUGUUGUUGUCUUCAACUUGAACGUUACUGAACAUGAGUUCACUCUCUCCGGAUUAACCUUUGUUAUUGCUGUCUACGGUGAGUCGUUCCCCAACGCUAAAGACAACCAAACCAUUACGCUCGUCAACAAGCAUUCACUGUUCAAAACACCGCUAGACAUGUCCUAUCAUUGCAACCGUGCACAGAUGCUCAACUUGACUUCGGUCGAUCCAGCUGGUUUGAACUCAACCGUUACGGUGUCGAAGUUGCAGUUCGAAGCGUUCCACAACAAGGCUAACGCUAAAUUCUCAAUUGCCAAGGAUUGUGAUGCCAUCGAUACGCCAGAUAUCGUCCCGAUCGCCGUCGGAUGCGCUUUGAUUUUGCUGAUUGUGAUUGUCCUGAUUGCCUACCUGGCUGGACGACGAAGCACUCGAUCCCGAGGUUAUCUGAGCAUGUAAAGUGUGCUCCAAAUUUCCGAAUGAAGAUCCUAUUCGUGCUGCUAAAACUGAUGCCAUUCCCCGGCAGCUUCUUGCCCAGAAAUAUUUUUUUCUACUUUCUCAAAAUGAAGGAAACUCGUCAAAGUCAAAGUCGUCAAAAUCAUGCUGGGGAACUGAAUUAAGCUUUCCUUUCUUGUUAGUUACUUUUCUUCCUAUUUUUUGCAACUCAUCAAAACUAUUGUGAACGUCCGGAUGAAUGGAAGAUGGGAACACAUUCGGUGUUUCGAGCUAAGGCUAGUUAGCUGUAUAAAAAAAGUAAAUCAGUUUGUUUAAAAUGUUAUUCGAGAGAAUUUUCUAAACAAGUAGUUUACCCAAUUGGAUAAUUCUCUGAGUUUAACAAAAAACCAAAAAAUAGGAGAUAAUAAAAAACUACAUAACUAGAUCAAGGGUUUAGGAACAAAACAAACAAUUAGAAAGACAAACAUAAAACAUAAAAAAUUCUGUUUAUAUUAUACCUUUCUGUAGAGUGAUAGUGUAAUUUUUAUGAACCAAUAAAGAAUAAAAACAGUUGAUUGGAAAACG